CAAACGAGCUGUUAUUAUACAUACAGAGUAUUUUUCUACCUAAAUUAAUUCGAACUUCCGAGGAAUCACUUGUACUUGAUAAUUUGUGUACCCAGAAAACCCUCUGAAAUCCCCUAUGCGCAGUGGAAGGAGUCGAUCAAACUUCGCUCGUCACUCGCUGCAUGAUCUUAGUAUAGUAGUUGAGUAAAGAGAACUGACAAGUGAUUUAUAAUUUCAUAGUGCUUUUUGGUGCUUGGAGUUGUGGCAAAACCUGGAAAGGGGAUUUUUGAUUGAAAUGGUUCAAGGGACAUACACAAACACUUUAGCAACAUCCAGAUACUUUGGUGUUUGCGGAUCUACAUGUGUUUCACGGAGGUAUUUUGGACAUUUCAGUGAAGGCCCGAAAGUGUUUGGUGUGGGUAGUCAAUCUGGUUGGCAUUCAUAUGGAAAAAGAAAAAUUAAUGUUAGACAUAUUGAUAUUUCACAUGGACGGAAUUGGAGAGUUGAAGCUGGAUGGCUGUUCAAAGGGGACAUGCAGGAUUCUGCUAGCACUGAGCGAAGCGAGAGGGCCAGUGAGGAUAUAUUAAUGCUUUUUUUCCAACUGGAUUUGGCAACACGAGUUCAGUGUGCUCUGAAUUUGGAGCAAUAUGACAUUGCCCAGCAACUAAGGAAUAAGCUCACUGAGGUUGAAUCUGCAAUUAUAAAGGAGCAAGAAUCUAGACGAGGAUCAGCCUCAAAGGGUGAAGUUCAAGAUUUGGCUAUUAGCAUCUUGCGCUUGCGUGCAGACCUGCAGAAUGCUGUUCAAAGUGAAAACUAUAGUUUGGCUGCCGAUAUUCGAGACCGAAUUUCCAAAAUUGAAGCGGAAUCUCUGGCUGCAUCAGUGAGGGCUCAAACUUAUGGAAAUGAUUAUUUUGCAUUCCGUUUGGGUCAGAGAGUGAAGCACAAGGUUUUCGGAUAUUGCGGUGUUAUAUGUGGGAUGGAUCCCGUGUGCUGUGAAUCAAGUUCAUGGACGGAAAAUGCCAAGAUUGACAAGUUGUCUCGUGGUUCUGAUCAGCCAUUUUAUCAGGUGCUGGUUGAUGUCUCUGCAGACCCAAAUCUAUUAGUUACAUAUGUGCCGGAGGAGAAUUUGGAUGCCCCAAGUGAGUCAAAUACAAAUAGGUUUGAGCAUCCAUACAUUUCCUUGUUGUUUUACGGGAUGGAUGCUGCUGGAGAUUUCAUCCCUAUCAAAGAGCUGCGAGAGAAGUACAAUAUGCCACGGCAUGAGGUGCCUUAUGAUCAAGAAGAUGAAAAUGCUGGAGAAGAUGCUUAAAUGGCUGCAGCGUCGGAGCUCUUAAUGAAAUGCAUGUUGAGGAGCUGAAGUAGUGGAAGGGUAGACGUGAGUAAGAUGAAAGGGAAGUGGUGGUGUAAACUAUAUUUCUUCCUUGAGAAGAUGACUUUUUGCAGACGUCACUCGCACGUCAUCCACAGCAGGGUCUUCCCAGACUCGACGAUGUGAUAGAGUGGUUCUUUAGCCUCGUAACCAGUGCAAACACCCCCAACGGCAGGCACAAGCACAGCCACAUGAGCUUUAUGGUGAUGAUCACGUUGACUUGUGAUAUUUGUACUUUACAUUAUUGUGUUAAGCAUGAAUGAGCUGAUCGAAUUAUCAACUUUAUGUGAUAUAUCUAGUAUUGUAAUCCAAUGUAGUUCAUUGACUCGUUUUGUGUCUCAUAUAUGUUUUGUUUUUU